AUGUUAAUCAAGCACCCCAAUUUUCGAAUGAUCGAUCUUACGGUCGCGACAGGAUUGUGGAUGGUCGAUAAACGGCGUACAUCCUCAUUUUUCGAUGCAUAUUCGCCACUUCCUAACUUCUGAGUUCAAGCCUCAAAGCGACCGUAGAAUUUGUUCUUUGCAUCCACCUUGUCUACAAUGGGAAACAAGCAGUCGAAAGCAGCCAAAGCCGAUGUUGACGAAAUCAACGAACGUACCAUUCGUCGCAAUCCCAUUGUGCAGGCCAUGGAUAAGAAGCACCAAGAAGAACUUCAGAAUUUACAAAAAGCAGCUGAAAAGCGCGCGGAGGCCGACGAAAAUGCCCGUUCUCGCCAGGAAAAGGAACAUCAGAAGAAUCUCAUCGCUCUGCAGUCGCAGUUAGAUCAGGAAGCGGAGGCACGCAGAGUGGCGGAAGAACAGCAUAGAGAGGCCGAACAAAAGCGGAUCAAGGCAGAGCAAGAGGCGGCAGAUCAUGCCAAGCAGGCAGAAAAGGCGCAGAAAGCUAGAGACGACGCUGUACACGCUGCGGAGAAGGCACGGAAAGCAAUGGAAGAAGCUGAGUAUCGAGCGCAGAACGAACGGCGCGCUCGAGAUGAAGCGGAAGUGGAAAGGAAGAACGCAGUCCUCUCAGCGGAAGAAUUCAGGGAUCGCGAACGUUCCGCGAGGGAUGCAGCUUUGAAAGCUGAAGAAGCUAGAGCGAAGUUCGAGAAGCUGGAGGAGAAGGCCCGCCUAACGGGAGAGGAGACCGAGGGUCAAUUACGAACCUUCAAAGCGGAGCGGGAGAAAACAGAGAAGGAGCUCGCUAAGGCUCGCAGGCGGGAAGCCCAGCUAGCUGAACUGCAACCUGUACAUGAGCCCACGCGUGCAGAGCAUGAGCAGACCAAGCGCGACCGACAGUACGUCGAGGGUCGACUGCAUUUUGCUAUUGCUGGUGUGGCAGGGAGCGGGAAAUCCUCGUUGAUCAACGCCUUCCGUGGUGUGAGCAAGGGUACUGCUAGUGCUGCUGCCACGGGCGUCGUUGAAACCACUCGUACCAUUGGUCGAUACGAGGAUCCUCAUCCUGACCGUUCAAAAUUCGUAUGGUUUGAUAUUCCCGGAGCGGGUACCACCAAUGUCAGCAAUUCAGAUUACUUCGUCAAACAAGGGCUAUACAUCUUCGAUGCUAUCAUCGUCCUUUUCGACUCUCGCUUUGUUGAUACAGACAUCACAAUAUUAGAGAAUUGUAAAAGGUUCAAUAUCCCUUCCUUCAUCGUUCGGAGCAAAUCAGACGAACAUAUCAAGGCCAUAGCGGAUGAGAUGAGGGAGGCGCUAGAUGAGGAUGAGAGUGAAGAUGAGGAGGAUGUUCGGUCGAAAGAACGCGAAGCACGCAGAACACGUAUUGAUGCUGAUGCCAAGGAUGAGUACAUUUCUGUCACUCGACGGAACGUUAAAGAGAAUUUGCGGAAGGCUGGGCUUGACGAGGAACAGAGGAUCUAUCUGAUCUCAAGACGGACGUUAUUGAGGAUCGUCCGCGGGAAACAGGUCGCGCCAACGAAACUGAUCGAUGAGUUUGAGCUCAUAAAAGACGUUAUGGCUGCGAUUAAGGAGAGGAGAAUCGAUCCUCCUGUUUUCAAGGCGGAUCCUGCAAAGUCUGGAGCGUAUCUCAACCCGUUCAGUUGGGGAGGCUGGGGUCGAAGGUAAUUGGUUGAGGUAUUACUUCGAUAUUUAUUUCAGUUCUCUAUUUUUUCAGUACCUUAUCCUUUUCUGUUUCAUUGCAACUUGGAUGAGUAUGACAAAUCACUGGUUGUCCCAUUAUCGAGCUUCCAGUUUCACUCAUUCUCUACCAAUGCAAGUGUUUUCGUAAACUUUCAUGAUUUUCAUUGCCUCUAGACAGAAU